UGUGCUACUCCACACUCCAAAGCAGACACCACCACCACAGCGUCCACGACUCCAGAGCAGGCAUAUCGUUGCCAAGAUGGAGCGUGCAGCAAUCACCACGAUGCCACGGAAGCUGGUGGUGCUGUACCCGUCGCCGGGCAUGGGCCACCUGGUCUCGAUGAUCGAACUGGGUAAGAUCAUCGCUGCCCGCGGCCUCGCCGUCACCAUCGUCGUCAUCGAUCUACCGCACAACACCGGGGCAAGCGCAACAGGGCCCUUCCUCGCCGGCGUCUCGGCGGCCAACCCCACCAUCUCCUUCCACCGUCUCCCGCAAGUCGUGCUCCCGCCCGUAAAAUCCAACCACCCAGAGACAUUGACCUUCGAGGUCGCCCGCGUCUCGAACCCUCACCUGCGUGAUUUCCUCGCUGCCACCUCCCCUGCCGUUCUCGUAGCAGACUUCUUCUGUAAUGUCGCGCGCGGCGUUGCCUCGGAGCUCGGCAUUCCCUUCUACUUCUUCUUCACCUCCGGCGCUGAGGUCCUGGCUCUCUAUUUGCAUCUCCCGGUCCUGCACGCUCAGACCACCGCCAACUUCCAGGACAUGGGUGAUGAGCUCGUGCACGUUCCUGGAAUCCCCUCGUUUCCGGCGACAGACUCCAUGCUGCCAAUCAUGGACCGCGAUGACGUAGCAUACACGAAGUUCGUGAGUGUGUGCAGCGACCUGUGCCUGUCCCAGGGCAUCCUCGUCAACACCUUCCGCUCGCUCGAGCCGCGGGCCGUGGAGACCAUCAUCGCCGGGCUCUGCUCGCCUUCCGGACUUCCGACCCCUCCAGUCUACUGCAUUGGGCCGCUGAUAAAGAUGCAGGAGGUGAGCACCAAGUGCGGCGACGAGUGCAUCGCGUGGCUGGAUGCCCAACCCAAGGACAGCGUGGUGUUCCUCUGCUUUGGCAGCCUCGGUCGGUUUAGCGCCAAGCAGAUCAGGGAGGUGGCGGCCGGGCUAGAGGCAAGCCGGCAGCGUUUCCUUUGGGUCGUAAAGAGCCCGCCCAGCGAUGACCCGGCGAAGAAGUUCGACGGGCCGUCGGAGCCGGACCUCGACGCCCUACUCCCGGAGGGCUUCCUGGACCGUACCAAGGAGACGGGCCUGGUCGUCAAGUCAUGGGCACCUCAGCGUGAUGUGCUUAUGCAUGAAGCGGUGGCCGUGUUCGUCACGCACUGUGGGUGGAACUCGGUGUUGGAGUCGAUCAUGGCGGGUGUGCCGAUGCUAGCGUGGCCAUUGUACGCAGAGCAGCGGGUGAACAAGGUGUUCCUGGAGAAGGAGCUUGGGCUAGCCCUGACAAUGGAAGGGUAUGACAAGGAGAUGGUGAAGGCCGAGGAGGUGGCAGCAAAGGUUAAGUGGAUGAUGGACUCCGACGGCGGCAGGGUGAUCCGUGGGCGGACGCAGGCGGCCAUGCGGCAGGCGAAUGAGGCGAUGCGUGAGGACGGGGAGUCUGAGGCGACGUUGGCGUCGCUGGUUGACGCGUGGGUACUUGCUUGACGUUGGCUGGAUCGGUCAAGAAGGGAUCCCGUGAUGUACGUGUGGCACAAGCGUAGCGAAGUUGUGUGCGGGAGUAUUAAGUUGUUGCGAAAAUAAAGGCGACUAAUACGCGCCGGCGCACCGGCCCAACCAUUUCGGCCGGUCGAGCGUGAUCCUAUAAGAUGCAGGUGGGCCAUUGGAUUGGGCAGAAAAAUGGCUUGCCCCGAGCUUCUCCUUCCUCUCGCUGGUCCCGCAUCUAGCGCAUGUCCUUGAAUGCACGUCGCCUCCUCUGGUCGCAGUGCUGCGCCACCUGCCGCCCGCCCUCACCGGCGUACUGCUCGUCGCCGCCGCCCUCACCGGCGUCCUGCUCAUCGACACCGCCUGCCGCCCUCACCGGCGUCGAUCACCUACGUUUUCUCGCCUCCGUGGAUGCAGCAGCGUGUGCCCGUGGUUGCAGGCUUGCAGCUUCGGUGGCGACACUCGCAACUCCAGUGCACGACGGCCGUGCUCCGGUGGCGACCAUAUCACCGGUUCCAGCAAAAAACUAGGCCUCUGUUGUCUCGAGCAAAAAAAUGGUCGAGGAAUGUUGGAACCAGCAAGAAGAUUUGCUGGAACCGUACUUGCAUUUUGCUGGAACCGGCCUUCGUCGUCUCCAGCAAAAACACGCCGAGGAUGUUGCAACCAGCUAGACAAUGUGCUGGAACCGGCACUCGCGUUUGCUGGAAACGGUGAUCAUAUUUGCUGGAACCGACCGUGGUGACUGCGGUGACCACGGUGACCGGCGAGCCAUAUUGCUUCAACGACAGGGGGUUGCAGCUUCUCCACGCCGAGGUUGCAGCUUUCUCUGUUGCCGGUCGUCCAGUAGCGCACCGCAGGAUACAACUUCCGUCAUCUACGGAUUACAUAAGGCUACCGUCCCACAACGUUGUAGCACACCACAUCACCAGUUCCAGCAAUGGAGGAUGCCGGUUCCAGCAUUUUUCGUCACCGGUUGUAGCUCGCCAUACAUGCCGUUGUAGCAAAUGUUGUCGCAAGUCGUAGUAUUUUUUGUCGCCGUUUCUAGCAGUUGGGGUCGCUGGUUCCAACAUUUUUUGCUGUCGGUUCCAGCAGGCCACGAGCCCCGUCGUAGCACGCCGUGGAGCCCCCAUGGGAGCACGCCGAAGAGACUAUGCAGCAAGCAACUCUCCCGUUUCGGAGGUCGAAAAGGAAGGAGAGGGGGGCAAGCUUGGGAACGCCCCUCAUGGCAGCAUGAGGUUGCAGGCUAGCAGGAGUAGCCAUGGAGAUGUGCUCUCGUUGGGAAAAAAGAGAGGACGAGGGGAUUGUGUUUAGAUGCGGGGGUAACGAGCGGAGGAGAGAGACGCUAAGAAGAUAAGGUGCGGUGCAUGGGGCCACAAAGCGCAGCACGGCUCUGGUCGUUUGAUCCAGAUAGAUCUGACGUCCCGCGCCAGACCGGCGCAAGCUUCAACCGGCGCGCCGACGUAAAACGUUUCCCGAAAAUAAACAAGUACCGUCGAGGUGGGUUUUUUUCCCUCCCUUUUUUUACCAGUUUCAGUUGUAACCUACCUGUAUCUUACCUUUGGAAGCAAACAAAAUAGAAUAACCGUUUUACAGUUUCUCAAACGGUUUAGAAAAAA